AUCUCCCGAAGAAAUGUCGAGCAAUCUGUGCGAAAAAUGCAAAUUUCUCCAUUUUACAGCAGAAUCCCUGAGUCCAUACGGAUUCACGGAAAAGAGAGCAGACAAUGACGAACUCCAUCUGCAAUUUCCCGCGGGACAGCAGUCAGUUACCGUUCCAUAUGGCUGUCGCGAUGACCUGCCUGAUCUGCCGCGGCUGAGAGAGUCGGCAGAAGGCGAGACAGGAUGCGGGUUCUGUGCACUGCUCCGGGAUUCCUUGCUUCGUGGCAUUGCGGAUGAAGGUGUCCAUAGAUGGGCCUUGAAGAGAAACGCCGGGAAGAGACUGACGGUCAAGGUGGCAAAGAUGUCGAUCAUGGCGGCGUAUAGACCUUCGGAUGAUGACAGGAGUACAUUCGCGGCUGUCUGCGUGGAAUGGGACGUCCUGGAGCCGGGACGUGAUCGGUCUGUUAAUGACUUUACGGGGCCUGAUGGUAGAGUUUAUUUCAAAUUGUGUGCACACUCUGAUGACCCUCUCGCGCGGUACCUGGGCAUUGCGUAUCCCCAUCCGGAACAGCACAUUCUCUCGGCUGCGAAUGCAAAGGUUGUUCGGGAUCAGUUGUUGGACUGCGAUAAAGAACAUAUUCAUGUAUCGAGCCCUGUUCGCCCUGGAGAAUCCGAGUCCGAUAGGCUGCCUUCCCGGCUCAUCGAGAUCACCCAAAACCAGGACGGGAGAAAACUUCGGCUGGUCGAAACAAAAGACCUUGGAGAUCCCGGCAAUGCAUAUGGGUCAAACUGUCGAGAGGGCACCGGAAGCAUCAAAUACGUCGCACUCAGCUACCGUUGGGGCUACGAGGACUUCCUCACCACAACCCCUAGCAACCUGAAAGAGCAUUUCCACAAUAUCCCACUAUCACCGUCCUCGCCAGACGACACCACCCCGGCUCUACCGCAAGGUUUCAAAGAUGUCGUUGACAUUUGCUGCGAGUUAGGUAUUUUCCAUCUCUGGAUCGACAGUCUCUGCAUCAUCCAAAAAGAAACCAAAACCGUCGACAAAACCCUCCUCAAGAUCCAACAGGAAGAGUCCCGCCGCGACUGGGCCACGGAAUCGGCCAAGAUGCACAGCAUCUACAUGUCAUCGUAUCUGACGAUUUUCUUGGUUACCACCGAUACACCCCUCCAAGGCGUCCUGGAGAGACCUGCACCCAGCCCGGAUUCCAUAGUCGCCAUUUCAUAUUCAGUCGAACAUCACCCUGACAUCCGCGGCUCAUUCUUCAUCCAACCGCUAUCUUACACAGGCGAAUUGGACCACCUGGUUUGGCAUCCGUUCCUGGCCGCCGAGGACGCGCUAGACUCGUCCUUAUGGAACACUCGAGGCUGGACCCUACAGGAACGACUCCUGUCGCCGCGAAAACUCUACAUCGGAGUAACCGAUAUGCUCGGACUAGGCCUAUUUAGCUGUCCCCAGCGCUCAGAGUACGGACGCGACAUCGAAGACAUCAAAAGACCACGACGCCACAAGUCGCUGGAUAAUCUGGCUGUCGGUUCGGCCGUGGCAGGAACCGAUGUUUCCGGACAGGAAUAUAGCAACGAGAACUUGUAUCAAGCCUGGUACAGAAUUGUGGAGGACUACACCUGUCGCGACCUGACCGUGUCGACCGACAAACUUCCUGCGCUUUCCGGCAUCGCACGCACGCAAGCCCUGGCCUUGAAUGAUCAGUAUGUCGUCGGAUUGUGGGCUCGGGAUCUGGCUAUGGGACUUCUGUGGGCGCCCCGAUACGCGAUGAAUCCUGGCAGCGACCGGUAUUUCGGGCAAAGAGAACGUAAGCCAUUGGUCCGUCCAGAUAAAUAUCGGGCGCCGUCCUGGUCAUGGUGUGCCCAUGAUGGGCAGAUCGAGUUCGUUGGCAAUUAUCUUCACCGUCCGAGGUCGGAGAUUGAGGUGCUCGGGCACGAAUUAAUCCCCGAGUAUGAUGAUAAUCCGUAUGGGCAGUUGGCAGUUGAUCAGGGAGCUGGGGGGUAUGUGAAGCUCCGGGCAAAGGUCAUAGUGGCCCUGUUGGAGGCUCGUCAUGAGCCCCGGCCGGAUACUCGGUUCCAACGUCUCCCCGAGAAACUGCAGCCUCAGCCUCAAGAGACGGGGUUUCAAUUGAGGAGGGUCCAAGUGGCCAAGGCCACUGGUGAAGCUCAGAGCGCCACAAUCUUUCUGGAUCACUCUGGCAGCUAUCCCGACGCAGAGGAGGUGUACUUGAUGAUCGUGUCGAGGGGCGAUCAGCCGGUGUAUUCCACCCCGGGCCAGUACGAAUCAGGGGUCCGGUCUGCCGGCUUGGUGCUGCGGAAGUGCCCGGGGCAGACCAGAUUGCAGUUUGAGCGGAUUGGCAUUUAUUCGCAUUUUUGGGACGCGGGCAUUACCUCGCUCUUUAACGAUUGCGAGCCGCAGGCUGUUUAUCUGGUGUGAUGGAGAGACUUGGAUGGAUUCAUAGACAUGGGGAUACACCUGGCUGAGAGGUUGUCAAGACAUCGUUUUAGUCAACUAGUUGUAACUCCGACGGUGGUUUG